GCCGGGGCGAUGGCGGCGGCGCCACCCAUCAAACACUGGCGCACCACGCUGGAACGAGUGGAGAAGUUUGUGUCGCCACUCUAUUUCACCGACUGUAACCUCCGGGGCAGGCUGUUCGGGGAGCGCUGCCCCGUGAGCGCCCUGUCCAGCUUCCUGACGCCCGAGAGGCUGUCCUACCAGGAGGCUGUGCAGCAGGAGUUUAGCCCCGCGCAGGUCGGCGACAGCUUCGGACCCACAUGGUGGACUUGCUGGUUCCGGGUGGAUCUUAACAUCCCCGAGGCGUGGGUGGGCCAGGAAGUUCACCUUUGCUGGGAGAGUGAUGGAGAGGGCCUGGUGUGGCGCGACGGGGAGCCUGUCCAGGGUUUGACCAAAGAAGGCGAGAAGACCAGCUUCAUCCUGGCCGACAAGCUGAGGGAAGGAGACCCCCGGAGCCUAACCCUGUACGUGGAAGUGGCCUGCACUGGGCUCCUGGGCGCUGGGAAGGGCAGCAUGAUUGCUGCCCCCGACCCCGACAAGACCUUCCAGCUGAGCCGGGCCGAGCUGGCUGUGUUCCACCGUGACGUGCAUAGGCUGCUGGUGGACCUGGAGCUGCUGAUGGGCAUGGCCAAGGGCCUCGGGCAGGACAACCAGCGCAGCUUCCAGGCCCUGUACACAGCCAACCAGAUGGUGAACAUAUGUGACCCCUCCAAGCCUGAGACCUUUCCGGCUGCCCAGGCCUUGGCCUCCAGGUUCUUCAGCCAGCAUGGGGGUGAAAGUCAGCACACCCUCCAUGCCAUGGGGCACUGCCACAUUGACACAGCCUGGCUCUGGCCCUUCAAGGAGACUGUGCGGAAGUGCGCCCGGAGCUGGGUGACAGCUGUACAGCUCAUGGAGCACAACCCCGACUUCAUCUUCACUUGUUCUCAGGCGCAGCAGCUGGACUGGGUGAAGAGCCGCUACCCUGGCCUGCAUGCCCGACUUCAGGAGUUCGCCUGCCGUGGGCAGUUUGUGCCCGUGGGGGGCACCUGGGUGGAGAUGGACGGGAACCUUCCCAGCGGAGAGGCCAUGGUGCGGCAGUUCCUGGAGGGCCAGAAGUUCUUCCUGCAGGAGUUUGGGCGGCACUGCUCAGAGUUCUGGCUGCCCGACACCUUCGGCUACUCGGCACAGCUUCCCCAGAUCAUGCGUGGCUGUGGCCUCAAGCGCUUCCUGACCCAGAAGCUCAGCUGGAACUUGGUCAACUCCUUUCCGCACCACACUUUCUUCUGGGAGGGCCUGGAUGGCUCACGAGUGCUGGUCCACUUCCCGCCUGGUGACUCAUAUGGGAUGCAAGGCACUGUGGAGGAGGUGCUGAAGACUGUGACCAACAACCGGGACAAGGGGCGGGCCAACCACAGUGCCUUCCUCUUCGGCUUUGGGGACGGAGGUGGAGGCCCCACGCAGACCAUGCUGGACCGCCUGAAGCGCCUGGGCCAUACCGAUGGGCUGCCCAGGGUGCAGCUGUCAUCCCCAGAGCAGCUCUUCUCGGCACUCGAAUGCGACUCGGAGCGGCUGUGCACGUGGAUCGGUGAACUCUUCUUGGAGCUGCACAACGGCACCUAUACCACGCAUGCCCAGCUCAAGAAGGGGAACCGGGAGUGCGAGCGCCUCCUGCACGACGCCGAGCUGCUCAGCAGCCUGGCCCUGGCCCGCAGUGCCCACUUCCUGUACCCGGCAGCCCAGCUGCAGCACCUCUGGAGGCUCCUGCUCUUGAACCAGUUCCAUGAUGUGGUGACAGGAAGCUGCAUCCAGCUGGUGGCAGAGGAGGCCCUGAGCCACUAUGAAGCCAUCCGAUCCCAUGGAAACACCCUGCUCAGUGCUGCUGCUGCAGCCCUGUGUGCCGGGGAGCCGGGGCCCCAAGGCCUCCUCCUUGUCAACACACUGCCGUGGAAGCGCACUGAGGUGCUGGCCCUGCCCCGGCCCGGAGGGACUCACUGUCUAGGCCUCCCCCCUAGCCCUGGUGACGGUGCCCAGCAUGGGCUACGCCCCAGUGCCCGCCCCUACCUCACUGCAGCUCCAGCAGCCCCAGCAGCCUGUGACCGUGGUGCAAGAGGUAAGGCUGGCGGGGGCGGGAAGCCCUCUGCCAUGAAGAGUGACGGUUCAGUGACCCUGGACAACGGCAUCCUCCGGGUGAGGCUGGACCCGACUGGCCACCUGACAUCCCUGCUGCUCGUGGACUCUGGCAGGGAGGUCAUAGCGGAGGGCGCCGUGGGUAACCAGUUUGUGCUGUUUGAUGAUGUGCCAUUGUACUGGGACGCGUGGGAUGUCAUGGACUACCACCUGGAGACCCGGAAGCCUGUGCUGGGCCAGCCAGGCACCUUGGCGGUGGGCGUGGAGGGUGGCCUGCGGGGCAGUGCCUGGUUCCUGCUGCAGCUCAGCCCCAGCAGCCGCCUCAGCCAGGAGGUUGUACUGGACAUUGGCUGCCCCUAUGUCCGCUUCCACACUGAGGUACACUGGCAUGAGGCCCACAAGUUCCUGAAGGUGGAGUUCCCUGCCCGUGUGCGCAGCCCUCAUGCCACCUAUGAGAUCCAGUUUGGGCACCUGCAGCGGCCCACACACCGCAACACCUCCUGGGACUGGGCUCGGUUUGAGGUGUGGGCCCACCGCUGGCUGGACCUGUCAGAGCAUGGCUUUGGCCUGGCCCUGCUCAACGACUGCAAGUACGGCGCCUCGGUGCAUGGCAACGUCCUCAGCCUCUCGCUCUUGCGGGCCCCUAAGUCCCCAGAUGCCACGGCAGACAUGGGGCGCCACGAGUUCACCUACGCACUGAUGCCACAUAAAGGCUCCUUCCAGGACGCCGGCGUCAUCCAGGCUGCAUACAACCUCAACUUCCCGCUGCUGCCACUGUCCGUGCCAGGCCCCGCGCCGGCCACCGCCUGGAGCGCCUUCUCACUGUCCUCCCAGGACGUCGUGCUGGAGACGGUCAAGCAGGCAGAGCAGGAGCUGCCCAGCCGCGCGCUGGUCCUGCGCAUGUACGAGGCCCACGGCAGCCACGUGGACUGCUGGCUGCACACGGCGCUGCCCGUGCAGGAAGCCAUCCCCUGCGACCUCCUGGAGCGCCGAGACCCUGCUGGCCCGCUGCCCCUGGAGGACGGCCGCCUCAAGCUCACCUUCUCUCCCUUCCAAGUGCGGUCCCUGAUACUCGUGCUGCAGCCUCCUCUGAGCUGAGCCGGGCACUGGCCGCCUCUUGUCAGUGAAUAAAUGCCUGGAUG